AUGCACCAACCGGACAGCGUAUGGGCCAUGGUGCGACGUGGCCACGGGAGUGGUUCUGAUGAUCCUCAACAGGUUCGACCCCAUCUCAUCCCACCAGAGGACCUCAUUCCAGAACACGGGGUCUAUGCGGUCAAUCGCCCUUGGUUUUGGCAGCAUGAUCAGGCCACACUUGGGCCGCGACUUCGCCUUGAUCCGCUUCCUCUACGAGCCUCUUCUGAUGCCGUGUCUGAAGAUGGAUGGUUGGGGGUGUAUGUUUACACCCCUUAUUAUCAAACUGUUACGGCUGCGGUCAGGCCGACCAGCAACCGGCCACUGCAGGAAGUCAAAGACAUCAUCAGAGACAAGGUUCCAGGGGUUCCACAGGAUAUCUUCGAAGUCAUAGUCCCUCUUCGCCCUCAGAGGUUUGCAGGAUACGGUUCUUUCAUUCGGUUCCCUGACAUCAUCCGUCACCAAGGCCCGGAUGGUCAUGCGGCCGUCGUUCUUGAUCUUACCUAUGUCGGAGGGCGUUAUUUUGCAACCGUCCUGCCAAAACGCAUCGAAUACCACGAACUCAUCCGCUUCAUUGUCCCACUCACCCAUCACAGCGAUGAGCCCCUUCGUCUCUACGUUGCCUCCAACCGACAAGCUUGGCCAGAAGAUGUCCCUGUUGACCUCCGCGACGGGGAUGUUGUACUUGCUCUGCAUGGGGACUCCGCGGCUCCCACCAGAAACAGGAUCGAAGCCCUGUUCCAACCGGAUGCAGAGUGGGGUGACCUGAGGCAUUUCCCGGCAGUCGAGACCACACAGUCCACCUGUGUUCUCUUUGGGGAUCAAAAGUUUUGUUUUCCACCACACCACCACUACGGAGAGACGAUCGUACAGGCCACAGCCAGGUGUGUUGGCAGGGCUCCUCAUGCCAUCUCGCUCUGUCUUUUCCCGACACAUGAUUUGGACAUACAUGGAGACGCGUGCUCCCAGACCAUCGUCGCCAUCGACCGCCCGACCCCACAGCAAGAAGGCACGCCACACACGGGCAGGCGAGAUGUCUUUGUUUUGUGCGAUCUCCGUCCCUUUGGCCGCAGCCUCAGGUUCAUACAUACCCACUACCCUGCCAUUUACCUGCAAGGUGCGAUUUCCAUGUUCGAGUUAUCGGUUCCUCCUAUCUAUCGCAUUGCUGUAUUUGGGGGAACCUACGAUAGGGCCGACAUUGGGGUCGUAGGCAAUACCACACUGCUUUUCUACCCACGCCUUUGCAGCCUUGAUGAGCAGGCCUCAUGGCCGAGGACUCCCCGACGGCUGCCUCUGCGACCGGGCCUAGAGACUACGAAGCCUACAUUGAGGAAGCUUUUGGUCCCACAGGGAUUUCCUCUCGCGACCCAGUCGAGCCUACUGCCGGCAGCGCCACUGCCAAUGCACCGCCUUGUGUCACAAGUGGUGAAGGACUUCCCACCAUUGCAGAAGCCGCUUACCCCGAGGCCGCAAUGCCCGGGGGCCACCGCGGAGCAAAGGCAGGCAGACCAUACUGGCAGAUACCAUCCCCCGUACGAACCAUACGGACCAGACCCGCCUGCCUUUGCUGUCGAGGCUCGGAGCCCCACUGAGGAUGAGGCCGACGUCGCCUGGAUGCAAAUCCUUGCUCUUGUGCAUACACCGGCCUAUGUCCCUGAGCUCUACACUGUGCCCAUGCGCUUCUUUUGUGGGGUCGAUCAUGCCAUUGAGGACGUUCAGACGGCUAGGGACGACCUGCGAUCCUCUUGGUUCCCACGGCUCUUUGCGGUCCAACCGCAACCCUUUCGCGAGUUCGCUUCGUUCAUUGCGUUACCCGAAUGGGAGAUCGCAGGUUCCAUGGUUCUGUUCGACUGCCGCCACCUGGGUACUGGAACCUUUGCCGGUGUCGUCCCCGCUAUGGCGACUCGUGACCAGCUGCUCCUUGUUGCAGGUGUCGGAGAAGAUGCCACACAUCAUGUCUUUGUACACGGCCUACUUCAGGCCUUGCCACCAGAUCAGCCUAUUGCCACCUUCUCUGGCAUGCUCAUUGCAGUUCUUCCACAAGGGAUGAAUGCGUUUGGCAUGUACGACCUGCCCACGAUGUUGCUGCACCGGGAACAUUGGGACCUCCAGGCCGACCUCCCCGGCCCCACUUACGUUCCGGGUCAUUACUUCAGCUUAAUGACUGAACGAGGGAUUGUCGGUUUUGAGGUUGGUGCUGGACGCCGUCCGGAACUUCGCAAUGAUGUUGCAGUACACCUUGGCAUUCCUGUUGCACAGCUCUUGCUCAAACCCACAGCACCGCAGGUCGUAGAUCACUUGUGCGACGGCCACAUCUCCAGUGGGGUUCUACUCGCCUCAGGCAACCCGGCGUCUCCACUGUCCCCAUCAGGCGCCUCACAUGGACCUGACGGUCCUAUCACCAUCGUGCUUGAUGCUCGGCGACUAUUACAGGGCUUCCACAGACUCCUCCUCCCGGAGUCAUUUGUGUCCCUGUAUACGAUAGUUGGGCCCUUCACCAGACUGUGCCCAGAUGGCUACUUUGUUUCUGUUAAGGGUGCCGCCGUUCAGACCAGAGCCGACGGACCAGGCUUCCUUGUCAGAAGUGGUCAGCUCUUAUACUUAGAAUUCCAGGAAGACUUGCCUCUUGAUGACAUCCAUGGGGAAGACGAUGGUGGCGACCAGCCAACGCGAGCUCCUGCUUCCGGAGACUCUCCACCACACGAUCCGGACCAAGCGGAGCUGCCCACGCGUAGCCGCUCUCCCCGCGGCAGAGAUCAUGACAACAGCCCUGCCCCGACAAACGGCGGACGGCAGCACGCUCCAGGCCAUGGACUUGGAAGGGACAAUGAUACCCCGGCCGUGUCCUUCCCAUCAGCGUGCCCAAUAGCCUCGACCACCACUACCACUGCGGAGCCGGGACCUGCGCCGCAGGAUACGCAGACCCCAGGCGAGGAAGGCUCCCAUACUGGAGGGUCGACGCCCCCAUCACCAGGGGGACUAGCACCCGAUCAGUAUGAUGAUGCACCCCUUUCAUACCCGGUCACUUUUGGCGUUCUUGCACAGGAUUACACGAUUGAGACUGUGGUUGUUUUGCUUGAGCUGCCAUCCACUCCGGCUGCGGCCUUAGCUGCGGUAGCUACGGCAAGGUCGAUGAAAGGUGGGGUCUUCUCAUCGCCACCCCCGACUGGAUUGGGGAGGGGGUUUUCGCUUGCUUUGAUACUUAUGCCUUUGCCGAGCGCCUGUUUGUCAUGCCUGUCCCCCCCAUCUGCAGUGACUUUCCUCCUAGACGCUGCGAACGUCGACUUUGAAGAUAUCCCAGAUGUCUAUGUCGACGGCACUGGGCCUUUGCAGCCCCAUGAGGAAGCCUUCCUCACCAACGGCUCCUGCGUACAGUUCCUUCCUCGAGGACAUCCUCGUUCCGAGGUUGCGAGCUUUGCCGAGAUGCUGCAAUCACAUCUCCCCUGGGCCUCGCCUCCUGCCUUCCCGGCUCACGAUCCUCGUGAUCGCUAUUGUCUAGUCGGUCAGGAAGGUUGCAGAAUCUUUGAUGUUACUGGUGGUCGGGCUCAGUGCUAUCGGGAGGACGUCGCCAGCUCGAUCGGUUGCCGCACCACCGAGCUGCUGCUCUUGCCUGCGCAUACUAGGGUACACAAUGCCAGUGUUUGGGGUCGUCGCUGUCACACUGUUGUCAUCGCCCUUUCCAUUGGUGGACUUGCCCUUGACAGCCAACCAGUCGCUGCUCUCAUCGAUGCACGUCGCAUUCUGCAAGGUUGGAUCCCUGUCCUUACCCUAGACGGUUGGCUUGACACUCACCCACCACUCCGUGCUCUGUCUGCAAGUCUGCCGAUUGGGAGAUGUGCCAAAUUUGUCGGGGUUCCCACGGAUGUGCAGUGGGUCAACAUAUUACACCGGUCCUCGUCCGAUCGGGCCAACGUCGAGGUCAGUCGGAUGACUCGGCUCUCACGCCAGGCAACUGACCAACAGUGCUCAGCAUGGCUACCGGGGCCCCUCAGCUGCAUAGUCCGCAUGUGGAAGUGUGGAGACACGACUCAUGACGUCCGUGCUGCGGACAUCCACACUCUCACCCCUGCCCGUUGUGCAGCCUAUACUCGUGGUGCUGCGGAGCACUCCACGGGCGCCCCGCGCCCCACCAGUUUUGGUUGCUACCUUCUCCUUGCUGGUCUGCUCCCUCUCGCUGGUCUCCUUUGCGCAGCAAUAGCGUCAUUGAUUGACGUUGCUUGCCGUGACACUGCAUGCCGCAUCGCUCUCGGUGUUUCUUUGCUUCACACACGGGGGCAUCGGCCUUCUCCGGCAUCCGGCGUUCUCCUGCUUCUCUGCCUUUCUGCUCUCUCUGGUGCUGCCGGCGUGCAACUUCCGCUGCCCUUCACAGAGGUCGCUACAUCAGGUAUCCGGCCUCAUCAGAUCGGAUGUAGCGUUGCUGCCGGCCGUGCCAUCCCCACCCCAUGCAGAAGCACCCAUGCGCGACCCUGUGUGCGCACACCUUCCCUGCCCCAUACGGAGGGACCAGGAAGAGAAGUCCGCGGCAGUGCGGGAGAGUCGGAGGAACAUUGCCUUGCACACCUGCAGACACUCCUGGAUCAAAGCGCGGCGGCGUCUGACCGUUGGGCAUUCCUGAGUGCCACUCUGCUGGACACUCUGCUUGAGCACGCUGCUGGCAAUGCCCCAUGCACAGAGUAUGCACCUGCUCCAGUCGGAUGUUACCCUCACCACGCCCCAUUACGUCUCUCCGAGCAUCUACCCGAGGCUGUCACCUUUGACAUAUCUGGUGCUGCGUUUUGCCCCGAGUGCGACAUAGACACUGUUGCCCGUGUGACCCGACCUCACUGGGCCCUCCAGGAAACAGUGCCAGCCGCGGCAUCCAUUGGACAUAACUGGGAGCCAUGUCCGGUUGCACUUGCCUCUUUGGAACGUCUUGACGUCUACACCGAUGGCUCUUUCGGCGACGGGAAGAGUGCGUGGGCCUUUGCAGUUUUCGGUACCCUGCAGGGCGCACAGGUUCUUGUUGGGUGGGCAGGUGCACCAGUUGUGCUUGAAGCGACCCAUCCCCACUACAUCCAUGGCCAUAGCCACACAGCCCUUACUGGAGAGCAGUGCGCCCUCUUUUGGGCACAUGCAUGGUUGCUCCAAGCUCCCCGCACCGUCCCGGCUGCUAUACAUGCUGACUGCGAGGUCGCCCUUCGCCAAGCCACUGGCAGAUAUGGAUCGGCCACGCAGCAGGGCCUUGCGGGUGCGUGUCGACAAGUAGGGCAGGCGGUCCAAGCAGUCCAUCCCAAGUUUGACCCAAACAUUUCCCAUGUGCGGUCCCACCAAGGCCAGCCCUGCAAUGAACUGGUUGAUCGCCUCGCGAAGCACGUCAAUCACGACGGCCUUGUGUAUGCCUGCGGGUCCCCUGGCCUCACUGACCUUGCUGGCAUGUGUCGCUCCGGGGCGCUUGGCUGGCUUUGGCUUGCCAUUUCGGCAAUCCAAUCUCCUGCACUCUGGCCCCAGUACGUUCACUCUGGCUUUACUGACAAGGACCGCCUCACGGAUGUCUCCACACUGUCGGCAGAUGAAUGUCGCCCCCUGUUUGGGCUCCCCCGGGACAUUGCACCCAUGUCCUCACUGACUUCCUUCUGUGCCCAGCUUUGUAUCUUCACGCUGAAUGUCCAGUCCCUUGCGGAACCUUCUUCUCCCGAGGACCCUACCACUUCCUCAGGAGAUUUCAAAGGCCGUGCGGCCUUCCUGCGAGAGCAAUUUGACCACUACGGGGCUCAUGUGGUUGCCCUUCAGGAAGCUAGAGCCAAAGCUGACAGUACCAUGAUUUCCCAGACGCAUGUCAGGUACUGUACUGCCAAGGACUCCCAGGGAAAUUUUGGUGUAGAACUUUGGUUUUCUCGAGUGCACUCCUUUGCGAAGGCCGGGGGAACGGCGAUCCAUUUUGCUCCCGAAAAUUUCCUUGUGCUGGACUCCAGUCCACGGGACCUCUUUGUCAGGUUUUCCAGAGGUAGUUUGCGUAUUCUGUUCAUCGCCGUCCAUGCUCCCGGGGCUACACAUCCACAGCAUGCUGCAUGGUGGAGUGGACUUCGGACGAAGCUCGAUCGCUUCGCCAGAGGCAGUGCGGUGAUUCUUCUCGGCGAUUACAACACACAUUUCUCUGAAAGCGUCAGUGGACACGUUGGAGAGCUGGUUUGGCCGUCGCCACACUCCCCAGCACCUGCUCUCCUUGCCUUGCUUCGUGAUUACCAAUUGUGGAUCCCUUCCACUUUUUCAGCCUGCCACUCGGGCACCUCGGAAACCUGGUGGCCACCGGCCGGAGGCCCUGGUGCACGCCUUGACUACAUUGCUAUUCCUGCCACAUGGAGCACCUUUCAGGAUGGCUCUCAAGUCUUUGCCGCUCUGGAUUGGGGUCAGGCGAGGGAUGAUCACCAUGCACUCCGCACAUGGGUCUCCUUCUCCGACCAUGGUCACUAUGGCCGCAGCAAGAGCCGGCCGACAUAUGACAGGGCAGCCAUGCUCACUGAUGAGGGCCGGGCUACUCUUGAUCGUAUCUUCGCCGAAGCACCACCCCAACCAUGGGACCUCAGUGUCCACCGCCAUUAUGCCAAUCUGCAGGACUACCUCUCCCGGUCUCUUGCAGUCGCAUUUCCUGCGGUACGUGGGCGCUGUCGUGCUUCGCACUUCAGUGCGCAUACUUGGCAACUCCGGCAACGCCGGGUGUGGCUCCGGCGCCAGGUCUCUGUUCUGCGGCCCCGAACAGACUGCUCCCGCACGGCUUGCGCUCUCCUUGCGUGGCGUCGACGCCUCCCGCUCCCAACAGCAUCCGUGAUCUCUGCUCUCAGGAAUGCACGUGAUAUCAUCACCCUCAGCCAACAUGUUGAUGCACUGCGAGCCACCAAAGCAGAACUCAGACGCGCCAUCCGGGCUGAUGUCAGCAGCCGCAUCUCUGAGGCUGCUGCUACGGCUUCCACUGCUGUCACUGGGGAUGUUGUCUCGCGCCUGCAAUGUCUGCUUGGCCCUUCUGCCAGGCGAUCUAGGAAUACGCGCGGCCUCCCACGCUUGCAAAAGCCGGAUGGCUCCACUGCGCAGGCCGUUGAAGAGGUGACCGACACUUGGAUCGAACACUUCUCCGGCAUUGAGGGCGGACAAUCCCGUACCCCGACUGCUCUUGUUGCGGCUUGCAUCUCCCAACAGCAGACCCGCGACAUAGAGGAUCUUGUCCUCUCUGCCGAGGAUGUCCCGACUCUCUCUGAGCUCGAAGCUGCCUUCAGAAGCACACAGCUGCAUCGGGCCUUUGGGGUCGACGCGAUCCCCGCCGAGGCGUUGCAUGCCGCGCCAGGCAUGGCUGCUCGAGCCUUCUUCGGCGUCAUGCUUAAAUCCUUCAUGCGCAUUGAGGAACCCAUCCAUUGGAAGGGUGGAUCUUUAUACUCAGUUUGGAAGGGCAAGGCCGCUCCACACCUCUGCUCCUCGUAUCGCGGGAUCCUCGUGUCAUCCACGGUUGGGAAGGCAUACCACAAGAUCCUCAGGCAACGGUGUGUGCCAGCGCUGACUGCCGCAGCCACACCACUUCAGGUAGGAGGAUUGCCUCGACGGCCUGUGACACUUGCUGCGCAUGUGGUGAGAGCCCACCAGGCAUGGGCGGCUUCUCGUGGACAUUCCCAAGCUACGGUGUUUCUCGACCUCCGCGAAGCCUUUUAUCGAAUCAUGCGGCCUCUCGUUGUCGGUUUCAGUGGCUCGGAUGCCGACAUUGCCAACAUCGUUCGUGCCGUGCAGCUGCCUCCUGAGGUUAUGCACGACUUGCAAAACCAUCUGCAGCAGCAGUCCUUGUUUGAACAAGCCGGAGCUUCCCCCUGGCAAGCUGCAGUGACCAGCGAGGCGCUCUGUUGUACUUGGUUCCGUUUCGAACACAGCGAACGCAUCACCGAAACCGGAAUCGGCACCCGCCCGGGCGACAAUCUUGCAGAUGUCGUCUUCAGUUUUGUCUUCGCUCGGGUACUGCACCAAGUCCGGUCCGCGAUUGAUGAUGCUGUUGGGGUCACCAAGGUUCCAUGGCACAGUGACAUGCUUGACAAUCCCUGGCCUGUUGCGUCAUCCCCCAGCGGACACUUGCCCCUUUUAGACUGUACUUGGAUGGACGAUGCAGCCCUUGUCAUCCAAUCAGCCACAGCCGACGACAUGCCCGCGAAGCUCCGCUGUACCAUUGGGGCACUGCUUGAUGGCUGCUUGGGCCGGGCGCUUCUGCCCAACCUCGACAGGGGCAAAACCGAAGCGGUUCUUGCCUUGACUGGGCGAGGAUCUCGAAAGCUUCGAGCUGCUCUGUUCAGCGAUGCCACUCCCCAUAUCGACUCUCUGAUUCGGCACCGGACUGCCUUGGCCUGGGGCGCCUUCAACCGCCGGCGCAAGAAAGUCUUCGCGUCCAGCUUUGUCGCGAUUGCUGACAAGACUAUAUUGUUUGACUCCUUGGUGCUCUCGGUGCUUCUCUAUGGGGCGGGUACUUGGAGCCAGCUCUCCCCCGCCGAAGAACAGUGCAUCACAGCGACUUACUUCCAGAUGGCCUGCCACCUUCUCCGGCCACAUUACAGCGUACUUCAAGCCCGGCACCUUGGGCAAGCCCGUGUUCUCGCCCUUGCAGGGCUCCCCACUGUCCCUACGCUUCUGCACCUUGCCCGUCUUCGGCAUCUUGCUUCGUGUGUGACUGACAGCAUUCCUGACCUGUGGGCACUGUUGCAUGCUGAGGGGGCCUGGCUUGCUUCUGUGCGUGGAUCCCUGAAGUGGUUGCAAGGCCUUCUUGAGUCGGAGGCCUCCGCCGACACCAGUGCGUGGUGGUCGUGCAUCCGGCCCCUCAUCCAGCGUACACCGGGUACAUGGAAAAGGAUGCUGCGCAAGGCCCAGCAAAGAGCUGUACGGCAGGAGGCAUGGACCUCGGCUGCGGUAUUUCACACCGGCCUUCUGGUGCGGCAGCUUCGGCUUGCGGGGGCCAUCCUGAUCUCCCCUCCCCCCGAAGGCGACCACAACCGUCAAUGCUGCGGCGAGGAUGCGGGACGAUUCCAGGCCCCAGUCCUACAGGCACAGGGACCCACCCUGCCACUUUUGUCACAGGAGUGGGCUGAUGAGCCCACCCGCCCGGUUGCCGAGAUCAUCGAUUGUUUACAACAUGUUGGCACCGACGUCGCGGAGGGCGAUGCCCCUGCAGUUUGGUCCCAAGUCCGUGUUGCCUUCGCCUGUGUGUGUGCCACCAUUUUACGCCUUCGCAUCACGGCCGAGGUCUUUGCCGAAUCGUUGCGAAGUGGCGGCGACUUCCCUUCUUGGCUUGUGCCGCUCCUUGGUGAGAUCAUGGAUUGGAUUCAGACGGCUGACCUUGUCGACUGGCUUGUCCCGAAUUCUGACCUGGCCCCCGAGCCCAGCCAGACAUUUCGUGACGGUCCUUUGCUGCUUGCCGCGCUGGAGGUGGGUGCGAUACACCUACCACGUCCCACGCAGCGACCGACCGAGCCGGUCUGCAUCUGUGUUGGCCCUAACGCUUGGUGCUCUGAGCCACCGAGACAGGGCCCACUCAGUGUCGCCUUCUCCUUUGAUGAGUGCAUGGCCACUCUGGGCUCGGGGUCUUCUCUCUCCUUCUUCGAUGGCCCCUUCGAUGAUGUCUCUUUCGAUAUUUGUCUGGACUCCUGGAUGGGCUUUUCCCAGGUUCCGGGUCCUCACCUCCCGGCAAAGACAUUCCAUGCCUCUCUGUCGAUUGAGACCCUUCUCGGUGAUCUCUUCCGCUUUGCCCUUCGACUCUGGGAUCAAGGCGUGCCUACUCGACUUUUCUGUCGCCGAUCAGCCAGGGCGCACCUAUAUCCCUUGUUCGAAUUACGGGGUCUCGUCCUGUCAGAACAGACGGACUGGGAUGUUGUUUCGAAUAGCGGAUGA